UGUUGUUUAUGCAGUUGACACAAUGUUUCGUUACAAUUUAGCUGGACAAAAUUGGGUGGGAAUCCAGGGAAAACAUGACAAAUAUUCAACUCGUGACAUUCCUCCUUGGUCUUUCAACUGCUGCUAAAGUCAUUGACUGCGAUUCCAGGCCCAAUGUGCUUCUCCUGAUCAUCGAUGACUUUCGGCCGGCCCUGGGCAGCUAUGGGGAGCAGGUCAUCACGCCCAACAUGGACCAGCUGGCUGCACAGUCCAUCAGGUUCACUGAUGCCCACGCCCAGCAAGCCCUGUGCGCUCCCAGCAGGAUUUCCCUCUUGACCAGUCGCAGGCCAGACUCCACCCUCCUGUGGGACUUCAGGUCCAGCUACUGGCGGGACUCGGCCGGCAACUUCACCACCUUACCCCAGCACUUCAAAGACAACGGGUACUUCACGGUGUCGUCGGGCAAGGUCUUUCAUAAAGGAGCCUGCUCCAAUUUCACGGAUGAUUACCCGCUGAGCUGGUCCGUCCCCGUGCAUCGGCCCACCUCAAAGAGAGAGAAAGGAAUCAAGCAAUGUCCAGGUUUAGACGGUAAUCUCCACUCAUACACCAUGUGCCCGGUCAACGUUACCCUUAUGCCUGGCGGCACGCUGCCCGACAUUGAGACGUCCGACUACGCAAUCUCCGUCUUGCAAAGUCUGUCGAGGACCAGGGGCAAGCAUAACAAGAAGAAGAAGAAGAAGAACGACACCCUGCGCAUUGAGGAGCUCACCAGGCCUCACCUGCCGUUCUUCCUGGCUGUCGGGUACUACAAACCCCAUUUGCCGUUCAGAUAUCCUCAGGAAUACAAAGAUCUGUACCCUAUUGACAGCAUAGAGAUGGCCAAGAAUCCCUUCUACACCGCCAACCUGCCUGCGGUGGCCUGGGAACACUGGAAGGACGUCCGGCGAGGCGACGACAUACCGCUCUCCAGACGGGUACCGGACUAUUUUGAGCCCAUGCCCAAGAAGUAUCAUCUCCUGAUGAGACAAGCCUACUUUGCUACUACCUCCUACAUCGACUACCAGGUGGGCCGAGUCCUGUCCACACUAGAAGAAGAAGGCCUAGCCGAUGAUACCAUCAUUGCAUUGCUCGGAGACCAUGGAUGGCAGCUAGGCGAGCACCAGGAGUGGUCCAAGUACAGCAACUUUGCCUCAGCAACUCAGGUCCCGCUCAUGUUCUACGUGCCGGGGGUGACCGACAGGACAGGGUCGCUGUACCGACGCAGGUUUCCCCUCAACAGUGCCUUUGACAGGCUCCACCCUGACCACAACCUCCAUCCCCAGCACCCCCACCCCAGCGGUCAGACAACACCAGGUGAGUCUCCCAUUGAUCUCUCAGAUGAGCCAAUUCUGUACCGUCACAACUCAGGGUUGGUCAGUCACGCCCUGGCGGAGCUGGUUGACGUCUUUCCGACGGUAGCCGAGCUCGCUGGGCUCCCUGUCCCCCCUCUGUGUCCCUUGACCCCCACCGGUGUGACCUUCUGCACGGAGGGAGUAAGCCUGGCACCUGUAAUCAAUCGAACCGUCGGCCGCCCCACCGACUUGAAAAUCCGGCGCUGGAAGAAGGCGGCCUUCAGUCAGUACCCACGGCCGACAUUCUUCCCCUCCCACAAGACCAACACGCCCUCUCUGUCCCGAAUCAACAUCAUGGGCUACUCCAUGCGGACCAAGGAGUACAGGUAUGCGGAGUGGCUGCCGUUCAACAACUCCAAUUAUCACGUGGAUUGGUCCGGCCUGCUAGCCAGGGAGCUGUACCUCUACGACCAGGACCCGUCGGAGGACGUCAACGUAGCCGAAAUGCCCGAAAAUAUCGAGCUGGUGCGAGCGGCCGCGCAUCAGCUCCGGCUCAACUGGCGCCACGCCCUGCCCGUCUUUUACGACGGCGACCUCCCAACGACGGAUAUGACAACCCCGCCGAUCGUCUCCACUGUCAAACAGCAGGAGACAAGAAACGGCGCGGCUUCGUUCAGUUCCAACGCACUAAUCACAGGGGUGGUUAUCCUAUUCCAAGUUGCCAAAGUGGCGUGUCAGAUUAUCUUGUGCUAAGCUCCAGUGUGUCAAGAUUAAUGCAGUAUUAAAAUAUUUCCACUAACUGAAAUGAUGUACAUACAUGUAGCAACUAAAAGUUCAAGUGAAGCCAAUUUUUUUUUAACCCCUAGAUUGUUUUACAGUAUUUCCAUAAAGUGUCCAUUAGCCUAAGUGACUGAGGAGGCAAAUUAUUGUACUAUAAAGUCCUUCAAUUUCAGACGUGCCAAAGUGAGCCUUUUAUCAGCUCAGGUUACCCUCUCAAGACGCUCUGAAGGAGCGAAUUGAAACAUUAUUCCAUUCAUUCUGAUCAUUCAAGGCAACUGGGCCUGGAUUUCAAUUAAGUGUUUUCAAAGAACAACUCUAAUCACGAGUGGAAAUUGUAAAAGAGUACAAACACCUAAAAGGAAUUACUCGAGCAAUUCAAUGUACCGGCAAUAAAUAAGUGAUGAUUUGCUCUGUUUUUUUCUGAAAGCUUUCUGCUUUUGUAGCUUCAGGCGACACUUUUAUAUUGAGGACGUAUCGGCGGUAAAAUGAUACCGUACUUAAAAAGGAAUUGUCGCAAACAAGUCCACGGAAAGAUGUCUCCAUUUUACAGGAAAACGAUGACAGUCGUUUUUCAGAAAAUGAGUGCAUCUGGCUUCAGAUUUCAGAUGAAAAUUCUUCGUUCUCGAAACUGAUAAUUGACAUUUCCAGUGAAUUUUUAUUAGUAUUUAUUGACUUCAGUAAACUAAGCAUUAUAAAAUUUCUCUUUGAAUAAUUUGUUGGAUUGAAUGCAACUUUUAAAAUGAGGCAUUAUAAAUAUCGGGUGGUUUAUUUGUUUGUGUGAAAUUCUGA